UUCCUAUUUCAUUCUUUUAAUUCUUUUCAGUUUAAUUUAAAACAUUUUACUUAAUAUUAUUUUUUCAAGUUCUUUGCUUCGGUUUUUCCUUUUAAAGUGUAAUAAUAUGUGGUUAAUCGGCCGGUGUGUGUAUAUAUGCUGGUUUGAGUUUCGGCGAAACGGGUGCUCUGUUUUUAUUAUUCUCUGAUUUGUGUAUUUUUUAUUUCUGGGUUCGCAUGGUGAUUAGGGGUGGCAAACAGAGCACCCGUUAAAUGGUGCUCACGAGGCUUUACAAAUUCGAUUCAGGUAAUUCUGAACAUGGUAUAUUGCGUAUAUUGUGCAAAGAACAUCAGUCGACCCGACUCUGUGGAUGGCAAAAUAUGUUGUCCCUCAUGUGGAAGAGUUGUUGAUGAAGAAAAUUUUUCAAGUGAGCCCACUUUUGUUAAGAAUGCUGCUGGACAGAGUCAAUUGGCAGGUAACUUCGUGAGGACUGUCCAAAGUGUCUAUUCAGCUUCACGGGAAAGAACGCUAAAUGAAGCAUAUAAUGGUAUAGAGAGUAUGAUUUAUGCCUUAGGAAUUGAUGGUGGUGAUUCAAUAGCUCGUCCAGCUUUGAACCUCUAUACAAUAGCAGUUGAGAGGAAUUUCACAAGGGGGCGUAGGAAAGAGCAAGUUGAGGCUGCUUGUGUUUACAUUAUAUGUAGGGAAAGCAACAAGCCAUUCCUACUCAUUGACUUUUCUGAGUACUUGAGGAUAAAUGUGUAUAUUUUAGGUGCUGUGUUCUUACAGCUUUGCAAAUUUCUAAGCCUUGAAAAUCGCCCGUUUGUUCAAAAACCUGUGGAUCCUAGCCUUUUCAUUCAUCGAUUCACUGAUCGUUUAUUUGGGGGAAGGAAGCCAAAUAUUUCUAGAACUGCACUUCACAUUGUGGCCAGCAUGAAGCGUGAUUGGAUGCAGACAGGGAGAAAGCCAAGUGGGGUAUGUGGAGCUGCACUGUACAUUGCUGCUCUUUCACAUGGACUGAGUUGUUCCAAAUCAGAAAUUAUCAAAGUCGUACACAUUUGUGAAGCAACAUUGACCAAGCGUUUGAUUGAAUUUGAAAACACAGAAUCUGGGAGCUUAACGAUUGAAGAGUUCAAUACAAGAGCUGAGGAGCUUGAGAAAGAAGAGAAGCUGGCCCCGCAACUUUCUUUGGGGUCAAAAGGAUCUGGGAUCAUGGAAGUGCUAUGUGAACACAAGGGAAGUGUGGAGCUGCCCUUUGCCCAUGGUCUUUGUGAAAGCUGUUACAGUGAUUUUGUAAAACUUUCAGGUGGGCUUGAUGGAGGAUCUGAACCUCCAGCCUUUCAACGCGCUGAGAGGGAAAGAUUAGUGGCAAAAGAAGCUGCUGAGGAUCCAAAUAUUUCCAUGUCCAAUCAGGUGGAGAACAAUGGUGCUGAGUAUUUGGAGCCUGAAAGGGAAGGGAAUACUCAGAGUGUGACCGGGAGUAAAAAUGUGCAGAUAUCAGGUUCUGAUCAAAUAGGGGCAAUCUCAGGGGCUAAAACUGUGCAUAAUGCAACUCUUGAUCCAUUACAUGGCACGGAUUGUAUGGGUCCUGAUGAUCAUGAUGAAUCAGGGAACUUUUUCGAUAUCGAUGAUGUAGAGGUUGACGGUUAUCUUUUCAAUGAGGAGGAGAAGCGCUACGUGAAGAUAAUUUGGGAAAAACUGAACCCGGAAUAUGAGGAACAAGCAGCUAAGGAAGCAGCUGCAUUAGCUGGAAAGAAGGCUGAUGAGUCCAUUUUAGCGAACUGUUUGGAGGAUGUGCAAGCUGCACUGAAGCUUUCUGCUGCUGCUAAUAAUAAUGUUGCAAAAUCAAGAAAGGAAAAACGACAGAAAAGGGCUGCAGAACUGAAAAAUUCUGGUCCUGCUCAAACCCCUGCAGAAGGAACGAAGCAAAUGUUAACUAGAAAGAGGCUGAGCUCUAAAAUCAACUUUGAUGUGCUAGAAAAGCUUUUUGACGAUUCUGCAAUUCGAGAGAGCAAAAUUGAUCCCGAAGUAGACGAGACGUAUGAAGAACCAUAUGCGUUACGACGAGGAUGUUGGAGGAUAUGACUAUGCAGAUGCGGAGCUAGCAUACGCCUUACGGGUUCGACCGAAUCUAGUAGCUUUGGUCAGAAUUAUGUAUUUGUCUUAAGAAAUUCAUUGAAUACCUACAAAUUAUUAAUUUAGAACCCAAUAACUUAAACGGACUACAAUGGUGAACCCAUAAGCUUCAAAUUCUGGUUCCGCCGUUGUUACUAUGAUCAACACUAUGAUUAUGGUGUAUGAUUAAUUUAAUGUUUUCCCCUUACAAAAAGAGGACAUGAGAAGUCAGGUAACACAUUUUCCUUCACUUGUAUAUUAGGAAUUGUUGGUCCUGGUAGCCAAUUGAAUGUCAAAGUUAUUAUGUUUUAAUUA